CCACAACGGCCUGCUCACUGGGCCCCUCCAUCAUGGGUAUGGCCAAUGGCAAGUAGGUAGUUGUUCGUCCGAUUAUCCCCUCUUCCAACCCUAGGGCUUGGGGUCAGCGCUGUACAAUUUUUCCGCUGCAUUGCCCCUUUGACCUAGGAGAAGUGCUGGGCUUUUAUAAAUCAAGCCAUGUCCACUGCAGGACGCAAGCUAUCAGCGCCAAAACCCGAGCGAAGGCGAGCUUUUAGUUGCGAAACCUGCAGAAAACGCAAGGUUAAAUGCGAUGGAGCAACGCCAAUCUGUUCAAGAUGUUCAUUGCGAGGUGAUGAUUGUUACUACGGCUUGAAUCCUACGCUUUCGUACACCAGAGCUCUCGAGCAGAAGGUCGCCCAUCUUGAGGCCAGGCUUCGCGCCUUGGAAUGUUCCUCGGCGGAUGCGCUCUCGCCUUCGCGUCAAAGCACGGCCGGUUCUGCUCAGACCGACCUCAGCCCAAGACCGGCUGAGGGCAUCGAGAGCACAAAAGUACCUAAGUUCGACGCUCUUCAGAUUGACGACGGCCACUUGACCUUCCAUGGGACUACUAGUUUCUUCCGACUUCCUGGCAGUCAACAAGAUGGUGCAGAUGGCACCGGUCGCUUACUUCCCUCUCAAAAGGACGCUGAGAGUGGCAAGGACAAAUUGAUCAACAGCGCAUGGAAGGAAAGAGCUUUUGAACAAUUCGCAAACACCCCUGAACCGAUGAAGUCGUUACUUCGUGAUCACUGGACAUGGGUUUCGCCACUUUUCAACUUCAUUUAUCGACCUGCCUUCACAAGGGACAUCAAGAACAACGGUCCGUAUUACUCCUCUGGCUUACUGAACACUAUUUUGGCACACUCGGUGCGAUGGGCAAGAUCCGACCCAAAUCUAUCCAUCUUACUGGAGCCUUACGAUGGUGGUGCUCAAUUCUAUCGUCAAGCCAUUGCCGCCGUAUUCGAUACUGUCAGACAAGGCCCGGGCAAGAUCCCUGAGGUCCAGGCUCUCCUCUUGCUCAGUGCUCAGGCAACUGGCAAGGGGCAUAGAACUCAAGCGUGGCUAUAUACAGGAAUGGCCAUCCGACUGAUGGAAGACCUUGGCCUCAAUAUCGAUAGUCGUAGCUACGCCGCAACAGCUGGGCUUAGUGAUGAAGAUAUCGAGAUCCGAAACCGUUUAUUCUGGAGCUGCUACUGCUGGGAAAAACUGCUCUGUUUAUACCUGGGUAGACAGCCAGUCAUACUUGCCACGCAUGCCAGUUCUCCUCAACUCUUGCUGGAUGACUCUGCCGAGAUUGAGGUCUGGUCGCCGUCCGGAGUUGGUGUGAUCGAUGAGCAGAAUUAUCCUCCUACGCAGAGUCAUGCGACCUCCUGUUUCAUCAACAUGUGCUCUCUGUCCGAAAUCCUUCAUCGCAUUCUACUCCAGCUUUACGAUCCUCUGAAUGAAAUUUCUGAAGAGGCGACAAUAUCAUACGUUGUCAAUGAGACCGCGAAUAUGCAAACUUGGUGGGACAGACUACCUUCUUUCCUAAAGAUUACCACUUCAGAUCCGCCCUCGCACUGUCCACCAUCGCAUGUGGCGACAUUGAAUGCGAUGUUCCACAUGGUCAAAAUUCAGCUGAAUCGACCGAUACUAUGCGCCCGUGGCACUUCCGACACUCUGAGAGAUAACUUGGAGCAUCACGUUGCUGAAUGCAGCUCAGCUGCGAACGCGAUCAUAAACAUAUUUGACCUGUAUACGCGGAAUUUUGGCCUCGGACACGUCAUGACAGCACUUAUAUAUUGCUUGUACACAUCCGCUUCCAUCUUUCUGCUCCAAGCCCAGGCCACCAAAAUAGACUCCCCAGCACUGGUCUCGAAGCUGAAAUAUUGUAUCGGGGCUCUGGAAAGCGUCAAGUCCACAACUCCAAUUGUCGGCACUGCCAUUGAGUUGAUUCAACGUGAGAUCACGCGUUUGAAUAUUUCUCUCGAUGAUCCAACGAGGUCAUCAACAGAAUUCCUAGAGCUCCCUCGGAUAGCAUCAGAGGAACCGAAUACGUAUGAGUGGGCGGCCGUGGAUCCUGAAGCUAUACUGCCGCAACAAUGGACCGAUGUAACGAUGGCAGGGGAGAUGGAAACGUGGUUCGACGAUAGCUUCUUUUUAGCUGCUGAUGUGCAUCCCACCUUUUACGAUCCUUACGAUGCAACAGAGAGAACAUGA